UCCGUUGCUAUGACAACGAAUGUCAAAGCUAUGGACACUUAGGCACGUGCGUUUCGUUGUAUGUACUUGAUUAAGGUUUACUUACAGGUUUACUAAGUAUUAGCUUAGGCAAAUAAGUAUGGACAAAGGUGUACCGCCGGAUCUUCACAAAUGGCUGAGAAAAUGCUUGAAGAAGGAGUUCGGGAAAACUAUACAAAGCGCUAUAGACAAGGAGCAGGUGCCCAGCGAUAUCGCCUACAAGCUCUCGCAUUCGAGGGAUACGGCCGCUCUGCUGAGUUCCAUGAGGAAGGUGAUCGCCGAGCAAUACGUGGCGGUGAAACCCUCGUCCGCGGCGUCGCAAUCGCAGUCGUUGCUCUCCUUCGCCAGCGAUCUCGCGGCGGACGAUUGGGCUUCUCCGCAAGGAGGCGGGGAGGAGUACAAUUGCAUCAUCGACAAGAUCAGUCGCGACAAGCCGGUCCACGUGAGGCUGGCUGGUUACGAAAUCUUACUGAAGAUCGAAUUGUCCAACGUAAACAGCAGCUCCCAGUGGGACGUUUUCCAGAAGACGCUGCUGGACGGUCUCACGGACGACAGCAGGGCCAUAUUCGACGCCAGCAUGCAGGUACACGCGAAGUUGCUGAAUUGCUCGCAAUUGGACCACACUUACGGCAAUCUGUUGAGCGCGUUCAACGCGCAGUAUCACUCGCCGAAGGUGCGCGAGACCCUGCCCACUCUGAUCUCCGGAAUUAAUUUCAAGUUCUUCCUGCACGAGAAACUGUUCUGCAUAAUGUACUUAAUAAUCCGCUAUCAGGAGGAAAUGCUGAAGAACACCAGGCACAGCGACAAGACGGUGGAGGAAGUUAUAGAGCAGUUCAUAGUAUUUCUCAGUACGCACAGCUUCGGCAACUCGUUGCAGCCCAAAACCUUGAACAUGCUGAAUAUCAUCUCGGUGCUGGAGCCGCAGGCCAAGUGGAGCAAGCGGUGGCUUCACGGUCUCUCGGUCAGGAAGACGUUCAUCGCCGUUCUGGCCAAGUCGCCGGCGUUUCUGCAGAACGUAGUCGAAUGCGUUCAGAGCGGCCUGGCAGAGGCAUCCUGUUCCUUGUCCGUCUCCGUUAUGGACGAGAACAACGAGCUGUGUAUUUCCGGCAACACGAUAGAAACCGCGACUUAUCUGCACUGUUUAACGCUCGUCUCGCAGCUCUGCAGCUACGAGGCGGGUAGAAAAUUGCUCGCGGAGUGUCCGUUGAAAACGUCAUUCGACGUGGCUGAUUUCUUGGUAGAAUUGUUGAGCUCCUUGAACAGAUUGGCGGCAGAAGCACCGAGUGGAGUGUACAACACUUGCUGCAGCGCUCUUCAAAAUAUGCUCAAUGUUUCGGAUGUAUUGUACAACGCUGAAUUUUAUCACGCUGCGUUGUGCCGCAAGGCAUCUCUUUCUGAUAACAAUAUAAAGAUUUGGCCGCACACGUUAAGCAUUAUUUCUCACAUGGUGAACACGGCAGACGGCCCGGCGUUUUUGACUACGAAUUGUAAAGAGCACUCCGAAAACGCACCGUCGAAGUGCCCGGUCGCGAUCGUGAUGCUGUACGCGGCGAAUUUAUUGAAACAGCCGUUUUCUAUAAUGGAUAUAAAAUAUAUUCUGACCUCGUUUAAUCUCGUAGAAAAGUUAUUCGACGUUUAUGACGUUUACGAGGCCGCGCAGGAACAGAUCGAGACGCAGUUCUAUCCGGCCGUCACCAAUUUCUACAAAAGGUUGAACAAGUGCAGCGUCGAGAACGAAAAUAAAAUUCAACAGCUCGAUAGUGCCGUCAAAAAAGUUUUGCUAAAAAUGGUAACGAUACCGCUCGGGCUGCAAGCGCUCGUUAACGAGAAGUUGGUAUUCGAGGAACUGAUUCGCGGAUCAAUCGCUCCCCUAAGAGUGAUCUGGAGUUCUACCGACAUAAUCAGCUUCAUCUCAUCGGCCGGUUAUUUCGAUCUGGGCUACAACGUGCUCGCGGAUCUCGGGCCCCACGUCCUGUCAACUUUGCUCUCGCAAACUUGCACAAACGCAGAAGAUCCCAGAUUCUUUUACGAUCCUUGGGACACAGAGAACGUCGACGAAUUUCUACAUAUACUUACAUUAUUUUCCCUCAAUUUUAAUUGUUUCGCCGCGUUUAUGGUGAAUGACAGCGAGUCGGAUAACGACGAGGAAAAGGAUUAUCCCUCGAACUUGUCCGAGCUGCUGCAGGCUGCGACAGACGAGGAUUCAACUUAUCAUUAUUUAGCACUUCUGUCGUUGAAUACAGUGAUUUGGAAUCUAGACGUUUGUGCCUGCUUAUUGAAUUCGUUGAACUUCCAGGAAGCGUUGUUAGGCCUUCAGAAAAACAGCACGAUUUUCAUUGAAGUUCACAAGGAAGGAUCCGACGAUGAAAUUGAUUAUGAGAAAACAGAGGGCGAUGAUGAUAAGCCAGAGCCGACAAAGGAAUACAUAAUUGACGAAUGCAGUUUCUUGCGACAUAAUAUUUUAUUAAAAUCAUAUUACAUGACAUAUAAAAGGAGGCAAUAUGUCGUACCAUUUGAGGAAUAUGAACUUUUUUCGGAGUUUCCACCGCCCAGAGUAUACGCAGACAUGAUGGACUACCGAGAAAUCGAAUGCGAUUCGGAGCUGAGCGAUAUGCUGCAGGAGGAAAGGCCCGGAUUGCUAGACAUCAGUUGGGUUUCGCAAGUCAGAGCGGCCCACAAAGCCUCGCGAUGCCCGAUCAAAAAUUCGAUAAUGAUAAAUUUGUUGAAUCAAAUGAACAAAGCCAUUCCAACUGCGGAAUGGGUAGAACACUUUGAAUGGCAAGAAAAUAUAACCUACGACACAGAUUAUUGGCUUCCAGAGGACAUAAUUGCUAUUAACAUUGUUUUGAAUUACGCCGAGCAACGAGAGAUUUUAAAAAAUAAUAACGAUAGUCAGAAAAACUUGAAACAAUUCAUUCAUUCUGCUUACAUAUUUAUACAGUACAAUAAACCGAACAGAUUCGAGGGUUUUGAUUGGUUCUUGGCAACAGUAUUCAUUAUCUGUGAUGGAGAUCUGGAUAAAUGCAAGACUUUUAUCAUGCAAUUAAUUCAAUUUCCAUCGACACUGCUUCUCUGGCCGAAAUUAGGCAAAGUUAUCGAUGAAAAAAAUAACGAAAGCACUAGUUCGCAGUUCACUUUUAUGCAAGUUUUAGAAACCAUGGUUAAUAUCGAGCUUCCAAACAUCAAAUAUGGAUUAAAGGAUGUCUUCGGUAUCGACUGGUGGAUGAUAUUCAAUAGAAUGUUAUCGCAAUGCUUUUGGGGAAUCCUUCCAUGGAGCGAGAUAGUUCAUUUUUUUGCAAUUUGCAUUUUGUACCCGUCCGAUUAUAUGGUGUAUUAUGCCGUAUCACUUCUGCAAUUCUGUCAGGAAGAGCUGCUACAGGAUUUAACGAACAGAAAAAUGUGGCCGGAAAGCAUGGUAUUGGACGAGUAUCGCUGUCAUAAUUACAUUACGUAUAUGGAUAAUUUAGGUCAACGAUAUAGAAAUCGAAUUUUACCGGCAAUGACUAAAAAUUUAAAUUCAGAAGAUGAAAUAUAGACAUGAUGCCUCACUCAUCUUGGUAACUUAAAAAGCAACGAAAAAAAAGACACCAUCGACAGCGUCGAAUCAUAAACAAAAUUGCAUUCAUGCAAAAGAAAAUAUCUUACAGAUUCUUAACACUGAAAUAAUUGUAAAAUGUGUGUAUAUAACAAAUAACAAUUAUCAAUUGCGUUAUAAUUAAUAAAAAUUUCUCUGUUCUUCUAUUUCCUAAAUGCUUUCUAUUAGCAUUAGCUACAAUGAACGUAUGUACACUUUGCACAUGUAUGAGAACAUUUUGUG